CACCAGUUUCCUCCACGCAGCGGUCCCCGUCACCUCACCUUUGAUCUCGGCAGCCCGGCCCGCUGCUCGCCAGCUGGGAGCGCGGCGGAGCCCUGUGUUGGGCGCGAGCCCGGCGGGGCCGCAAGCUCCGCCCUGCUCUGCUCCGCCCCGCCCCUCCUGGGCUCGCGGGGAAGGCCUCCGCAGGGGAUAUGUCGUAGCCCACUCAGCGAAGGUAGGAGAAGUUUAAAGGCUGCGGGGCUGCCAGAGAAAGAAAUGUCAUCAGUGGGAUCACACGAGGAACAAUUGUCCCAGUCAGAUCCAUCCCCGUCACCAAACUCAUGUAGUUCCUUUGAGCUAAUAGACAUGGAUGCUGGCAGUUUGUACGAACCCGUUUCUCCUCAUUGGUUUUAUUGUAAGAUAAUAGAUUCUAAGGAGACAUGGAUUCCUUUCAACUCUCAGGAUUCACAGCAGCUGGAAGAGGCAUACGGCUCUGGAAAAGACUGUGAUAGGACAGUUGUGCCCACUGAUGGGGGCAGAUACGAUGUUCAUUUGGGGGAGAGGAUGCGGUACGCCGUGUACUGGGAUGAGCUAGCAUCGGAAGUGAGGCGCUGUACCUGGUUUUACAAGGGAGACAAAGAUAAUAAGUAUGUUCCGUACUCGGAGAGCUUCAGCCAAGUGUUAGAGGAAACUUACAUGCUUGCUGUAACUCUGGAUGAAUGGAAAAAGAAACUGGAGUCUCCCAACAGAGAAGUUAUUAUAUUGCACAAUCCAAAGCUUAUGGUACAUUACCAGCCACUCGCAGGGUCUGAUGAAUGGGGUUCAACACCCACUGAGCAGGGCCGACCUCGAACAGUGAAGAGAGGGGUUGAGAACAUCUCUGUUGACAUUCAUUGUGGGGAACCUUUACAGAUAGAUCACUUGGUUUUUGUAGUCCAUGGGAUCGGACCAGCCUGUGAUCUCCGCUUUCGAAGCAUUGUACAGUGUGUUAAUGAUUUUCGCAGCGUUUCUUUGAACCUGCUACAGACGCAUUUUAAGAAAGCCCAAGAAAAUCAGCAGAUUGGGAGGGUAGAAUUCCUCCCAGUCAACUGGCACAGUCCUUUGCAUUCCACUGGUGUGGAUGUAGAUCUGCAGCGAAUAACUCUGCCCAGCAUUAACCGCCUAAGGCAUUUCACCAAUGAUACAAUUCUGGAUGUCUUCUUCUACAACAGCCCCACCUACUGUCAGACUAUUGUGGACACAGUUGCUUCUGAAAUGAACCGAUUAUAUGUACUUUUUCUGCAGAGGAACCCUAAUUUCAAAGGGGGCGUAUCCAUCGCUGGUCAUAGUUUAGGUUCACUUAUAUUGUUCGAUAUCCUAACGAAUCAGAAAGAUUCUUUGGGGGAUGUUGACAGUAAAAAGGAUUUGCCAAGUAUUUUCAUGGAUCAAGGAGACAUACCAACACUGGAGGAAGAUUUGAAGAAACUUCAGCUCUCUGAAUUCUUUAGUAUCUUUGAGAAGGAGAAAGUAGAUAAGGAAGCUCUGGCUUUAUGUACAGACAAAGAUCUUCAGGAAAUGGGAAUUCCCUUAGGACCAAGAAAGAAGAUACUAAACUACUUAAGGACCAGAAAAAAUUCAAUGGGUAUUAAUAGACCAACCCCGCAAUCACCUGCAGGGGCGAAUAUGUCUAACAUCCCCAGAGAAUCGGAGCUCUGCAGUAGUACGAAUGGUACUGGAAAUGAUGAGCAUCUGGAUGUGGGCAUUGGGCAGGUGCCUGUAAAAUACCCCCGACUCAUCUAUAAACCAGAAAUAUUCUUUGCCUUUGGAUCUCCCAUUGGAAUGUUCCUUACUGUCCGAGGCCUAAAAAGAAUUGACCCCAACUACAAAUUUCCAACAUGCAAAGGUUUCUUCAAUAUUUAUCACCCUUUUGAUCCUGUGGCCUAUAGGAUUGAACCAAUGGUGGUCCCAGGAGUAGAAUUUGAGCCUAUGCUGAUCCCGCAUCAUAAAGGCAGGAAGCGGAUGCACUUAGAACUGAGAGAGGGCUUGACCAGGAUGAGCAUGGACCUUAAGAACAACUUGCUAGGUUCGCUGCGGAUGGCCUGGAAGUCUUUUACCAGAGCUCCAUACCCUGCCUUACAAGCUUCAGAAACUGCAGAAGAAACUGAAGCAGAACCUGAAUCAAGUUCAGAGAAGCCUAGUGAUGUUAGCACAGAAGAGAACCUUGUGGCAGUUAAACAAGAAGCCCCCCCCAUCCAUGUGGGAAUGCUGAAUGGAGGCCAGCGCAUUGACUAUGUGCUACAGGAGAAGCCCAUUGAAAGUUUUAAUGAAUAUUUAUUUGCUUUACAAAGUCAUCUAUGCUACUGGGAGUCUGAAGAUACAGUAUUGCUGGUCCUCAAAGAAAUCUACCAAACCCAGGGUAUCUUCCUUGAUCAGCCUUUACAGUAAAAUGAACCACCUAUGGCUGCUUAAUGUAAGUUUUUAAAUGUCAUGUAUGCAGCAUGGUU